AUGGAGGAGCUGGCUAGAGAGAGCAUCAGCUUGCUAGCAAAGCCAUCCCGGGAGUCUGAGAUCCCCCAGCUCUCCUCAUCUGGUGCCAUCUUCAUCUUGCUCAAAUCUGCCCUUGGAGCAGGACUCCUGAAUUUCCCCUGGGCCUUCAACAAAGCUGGUGGACUGGCCCCAGCGAUCUCCGUGGAACUAGGAUCUUUGAUAUUCCUCAUUAGCGGCUUAGUAAUCUUGGGUUAUGCUGCUUCCAUCAGCACCCAGACAACCUACCAAGGUGUGGUGAGAGAAAUCUGUGGGUCAGCUGUGGGCAAGCUUUGCGAAGUCUGCUUCAUCUUGAACCUCUUCAUGAUCUCCGUGGCCUUCCUCAGAGUUAUGGGAGACCAACUAGAAAAAUUAUGUGACUCUUUCUCCAUCAACAAAACCCAGAAUGGAGACACUUUUCGCCAGCCGUGGUUUAUCGACCAACGUUUCACCUUGUCCACCUUGUGCCUCUUGGUUAUUUUCCCACUCUCCAUCCCAAGACAAAUUGGUUUCCAAAAAUAUACAAGUAUCCUUGGUACUUUAGCCGCCUGCUACCUAAUGCUGGUCAUUGUGCUGAAAUAUUAUCUCCAAACCGAUCAUGCUGUGAAGCAGGAGCAUCUCCAUCCUGCUAGUCAUGAAUAUUCUGACAGUAUGGUUAUAGACCCCCUUAGCUGUACUUGA